GGUGGCUCCCAGCUUCUUGUAGCUUCUAGCUCCUCUCGGAAAAUCACACUCAACAAUUGAAUUUUUUGUACGGCUUGGCAGGAAACCCCGCCAAAAAUCCAAAACCGCCCGCGAACAAUUCACUCCUCCCCUCCACGGCUCCCCGUCUUCUCUUGCGCUCUACCUCCACUACCACUACACAUCGCCAUCUCCCACUCCCAUAAACCCGCCAAACCCUUCCCCCACCACCCCUCCAUCGCCCGCUCCAUCUGUCCAGCAUCUCUCUUGCUCGACACAUCCACCCCCUCCCCACUAUCCCCUCCCUCCCUCCCCCCACCAAACAUCAAAAAGUACUUGCGAUAGUUGCCCGCCAUGUCUGAGCAGCCCAUUAAGAAUAAGAAGGUCGACCAUUUGGCCGGAGCACCUACCCCGCAAAACACACCCUCCACAGCCGCUCCUAUCUCGUCCCACGCCCAGCAACCUAAUGUCUCCACCAUCGAAGAAGAGAAGCUCGACCGCGCCACCGCUGCUUCCAUCUUUGCGUCGAACCCCGCGCUCGUUUCCAUGAUUGAGGGAAAGCUCGGUAAACUAGUUGGUCGCUCGUCCGGUUACAUCGAGUCCCUGCCUGCGCCCGUGCGCCGCCGCAUCGCUGGUCUCCGAGGUGUGCAGAAGGAGCACUCCAAGCUCGAGGCCGCAUUCCAGGAGGAGGUCCUCCAGCUCGAGAAGAAGUACUUCGCCAAGUACACUCCCCUCUACGAGAAGCGUGCCAAGAUCGUGAACGGCCAGGAGGAGCCUACCGAAGAGGAUGUCGUCGCUGGUAAGGAGGACCAGGACGAUGAGGAUGAGGAUGACGAGAAGGACGAUAACAAGGAGGAGCCGACCGAAGCCAUGAACGGUGUGCCCGAGUUCUGGCUGUCUGCCAUGAAGAACAACGCCCUUUUGGCCGAGACCAUCACCGAGCGCGACGAGGCUGCUCUUAAGCACCUCACCGACAUCCGACUGAGCUACCUCGACACCCCUGGCUUCAGGUUGCACUUUGUGUUUUCCGAGAACGAGUUCUUCUCUAACAAGGAGAUCACCAAGACGUAUUACUACCAGGACGAGAACGGUUACGGCGGUGACUUCAUCUACGACCACGCCGAGGGCGACAAGAUUAACUGGAAGGAUGGCAAGGACUUGACUGUCCGAAUUGAGAGCAAGAAGCAGCGCAACAAGAACACCAAGCAGACCCGCGUUGUUAAGCGCACCGUGCCCACAGAAUCGUUCUUCAACUUCUUCACUCCCCCGAAGCCCCCGACUGACUUCGACGAGGAUGAUGAGGACCAAGAGGACAUCGAGGACCGCCUGGAGCUCGACUACCAGCUUGGUGAGGACAUCAAGGAGAAGCUCAUUCCCCGUGCCAUCGACUGGUUCACUGGCGAGGCUCGUCAGUUCGAGGGAAUGGGUGCCGACAUGGAGGGCGACUUCGAGGACGAGGAUGACGAUGACGAGGACCUCAGCGAUGACGACAGAGAGGACGACGAGGAGGAGUCCGAUGACGACAACGAUGGCACGAAACCCAAGCAGGAGGCGGCUGAGUGCAAGCAGAGUUAAACGAUCAUACUUGUCAUUUUCCGGCUGGUGUUGUCAUUCCAACUUGUCAUGGCAGCUUGAUAAAAAAAUGAAUCGGGUUUCUGGCACAUGAGUGGGUCUGUGAUUGGGACGACGGAUGUCGGCGGAUCGUCGGUAUAAACGUUCGGAGAUGCUAUUAAUGAACGCAAUUGUGACAUCGUUUUCCCUUUAUUCAUUCUCGCACACCG